GGCGCCGCCCCGCCUCCCCUCCAGCUCUGUUGAAACGGGUCCACCCCGGCCCCCUCCAGCGACUGCGCCGCCCCUCCCCUCCAAGAGCGCUGCACCAGCGCCGCCCCUGCCCACUCCCGUGACUGCGCCGCCCCUCCAGACACCGCCUCGGCCCCGGGCCGCGACUGCGCCGCCCCGUCCUCCUCCUGCGCCGGCCACCUGACGAAGGGGCGCGCGUGAAGGGGCGUGCAGGACCGCCCCCGGCCAGGGUCGCCUCCUGGCCGGAUCCAGUGGCGCUCGCCGAUGACCAGUGGUGCUCGCCGAUGACCAGAGCCUACCGAUGUAUUCAUCUGAGGUUCCCGAAGGGUAACAGUUGAACUUUUUGGUGGUAUUUUACGGAAGCUCAAACUUUCGGUGGUAUUUUAUGAAAGUCGCAAUCUUUCAGUGCUGCAUAACCAAUUUUCCCCAACCCAGUCCCCGAGCAGAACCGGGCCCAGAACACGAUGCUUCGCCGCCUCGCGCCGCCGCUCGCCGGCGCUCUCCCGCGCGUCCUUCGCGGCAUCUGCACCACCGCGCUGCCGCCAUCCAAACCCCCACCCGAACGGCUCUCCCGUUCCGAGCUCGACGCCAUCUCCGCGCUCCUCCCGCGGCUCCUCUCCGCGGGCCACGUCCCCGCCGCGGGGCGCCUCCUCUCCGCUGCGCUCCUCCUCCCGGGAUCCCUGGAGCGCCUCCCUCUCCCGGCCCUCGCCGCGCACCUCGCCUCGCUCCCGACCCUCUCCGAGGCCUACGCGCUCCUCACCGCGCUCCGCCACCACCCGGCCCGCCCCUCGCCGCUCCCGCUGGCGUCGCCGCUGCUCGACGGCCUCCUCUCCCAGCGCCGCGCGCGCGACGCGGCCUCUGUGCUGCAGUGGCUCUGCCGCCCGGACUCCCCGCGCCGGCCCGACGCCGCCACCUACGCCGCCGCCGUCGCGGGGCUCUGCCGCCUCGAGGACCCCAGGGGCGCGCUCGGCGCGCUCAGGGAGAUGGCCGCGGACGGGUUGCAGGCCUCGCCUGAGCUGCGCGAGGCGGUGCGGGAUGCAAUGCUGCAGGACGCCAGGAUCGAGCAGGCGUGGGCGCUGGAGGAGGCGAUGCGGCUGCCGGAGACAGACAAGGUAGUGGAGCUGGUGGACAAACUUCUUACGGAGUGGGAACCCUGAGCCUUUCAGGAGGAAGAGCAAUGCAUGGUUGGUGCUUCCCUGUAUUUGAUGCAACGGUGAGAAAUUUUCAAUAUGCGUUGACCUAGAGUUGAUGGCAACGUUUAGUGCUAAUGAAUUUGUAGCUUGAAUAAAAUCUGCUGAGGCAGCCAUCUGGCAAUUUGUAUUGGCAUUGGAUGGUUAUUCAGCACCAAGAACUCAGUGUUGCCAUGCAGAAGAGCAUAAUUCACUGAAACAUUGUUGCAAGACUUGAAUUGAUAGAUCAAUGUGGAUAUAAUUGGGCAAAGGUCAUUUCUGGAGUGGUUUUGGUAUUGGAUUAUUGCAGUAUCGGAGUUCAUGAGGUGUCAGUCAUCACACCAGAGUUUUCAUACUAAAUGCCAUUUGUUUGAUAAAUUGUCCGCGUUUACUGUAUUUAACUUUCUCGAAAUUCUGGACUCUAGGAGUGCUGCUUGUUUACACCAUUUCCCUUUGCAAGUAUAUGUUGUACCUAACGCACAUUUUAUCAUGAAUUAGUAAAACCUCAUAUAUGUUCAGUUCUUUCAAAACAGGUAUAAGCAUGGGCAAUAUUUUGUGGUUGUGGAAAUGGAACCGAAUUUCAUUGUUCUCUUUUGUAGUGCGUUAAAUAAUUCGAGCUCAAAUUUGUGUAGUUGCAGGCGUGAUGAGCUGGAAGAGAUGAUUGGUCUGCACAACUUGAUCCAUAUUCAGAACAGAGGACAGAUUUCGGCUGAACAGACUUCACCCAGAAAUUAAUCUUUGAAUUCUACCUAAGAUGGCAAUGUCUUUUAUCUUCUGUAGUUUUAGAAUCUGUUUAUGUAUACUGGCUGGGAUGCCAUUGGGCGUAUUUAAAAAUUAGAAUAGGUAUCUAAGCAGAUUUAGAAAUUA